CCCAAGACCUGGAUGCAGAAGCGGGAUUUUGAUUUUGGGAUAAUUCUUCUGCAGCUCUGGGGGAAAACAAGAGAAGAGGAAUAUAGCUGACUUACUUUUCAACUUUUAUCCAACAGUGGAGAGAGGAGAAGGAGCAUUAUAACGUGGCCUUAAAGACUGGACUCCCACGUCCACUUGUCCACUUCAGGAAGAGGGUGGGUUUACUGGUUUACUGGCUGGACCCAAUUAUAGCGAGGUGAGACCGGAGAGAGAGCAAAGCCUUUCCAGAAUACAACUGGGAUGCUCUGCCUCCAGAGAGCUACGGUUCAGAGGGUCCAGGUGGCAGGCAUGAGGGCCCCAGUCUUCAUUGGAGUUUGGCUCUAGAGUCCACAGGCGCUUCUUCAAUUGGACACAUUUCACAGGACGUGUGCCCAUGAGGUCAUCACUACUGGUUCUGCUCCUCCUGAUCGGCGUCCAGGCUGUACUGAACAUGGGAGGUGGUUUGGCCCGGAACCCUGGAGCAGCCAAUCACAGCGCAGGGCAACAGGAGACAGCAGCAGCCAGGGGACAGCUUUCUCAGGACCAAACUUCAUAUCAGCAACACAGGACCACCCAUCAUAGAACCAAGAGGACACAGAGUGCAGCCUCAAACAUGCAGAACAGAACCCCUGUCAUUGGACCCUCUCCAGCAGGUUCCUCUCCAGACCCCUCCAGCCCAGUGGUGGACCCGAAGCUCUUCUCUAAGAGACAUUAUCGCCCCUCACCUCGUGUUGUCUUUAGCGAGGUAAUCCCUUCGCAUGACGUUCUGGAUGGUGAGGGUUAUGACUUUGAAAGGGUGAGGGGGCUGAGGGUAAGGCGCAAAGCAGUAUCACACACCAUGCAUCGAGGAGAGUACUCUGUGUGUGACAGUAUAAAUACCUGGGUGAACAAGACACGAGCCACAGACAUGUCUGGAAAUGAAGUGACAGUACUCUCCCACGUUACAGUCAACAACAAGGUAAAGAAACAGCUUUUUUAUGAGACCACCUGUAGAUCCCCGACACACAGGAGUUCUGGAAUCGUAAUCGGGGGACGAUCUGGAGGACGAGGUGGAAAGCAAGGCUCCAAGACAGGCAACUCAGGUUGUCGAGGCAUUGACAGCCGCUACUGGAACUCCCACUGCACCAACACAGACAUAUAUGUAAGCGCUCUGACCGUCUUCAAGGAACAGACAGCCUGGCGUUUCAUCCGCAUCAACGCUGCAUGUGUGUGUGUUCUCAGCCGGAAUUCUUGGUCAAGAAGACCGGGACACUGACUGAGGUGUGGACCGCUCUUGACCACUGGACUAUGAAAGCAAACACACAUUUUUACAAAACAGCCACUGCAGCAUCUAUGCCAAUGCUCCUAUCAUACACCCACUGAUAACAGCAGUCAAUAAACAUACACAUGCACACGCACACACACACACAUACACAUGUCUUCAUUCAGUCCCUUGUUCCCUGACCCUACCUCAGUCAAAGAAGUCCUAGUAGUUUUAAGUUAUGAGGACCGCAUGUUAUAUUUAUGGUUUAUACAGACAAAUAUAAAAGUAUAUACAGUAUGUGUAUAUAUACAAAAUUAUUUCAACUUUUUAAAUGUUAUUAAUGUUGUUAUUGUUGUUGUGUUGUCCAUGCUGUUAUUUAUU